UGUAAACACGUGACGUCCCUGUCAUGGCGCUCCACUGCUGUUUCACUCGAUUACAUCCGCGACAGAUGUCACACUCGAUGCUGCUUUUCUCUCAGCUUUCGCGGCGUCUUUCGUGUUUUUCCGGACCUUCUUUGGAGCGUUGUACGAGCCGUCUUCAGCCACACUUUAAAAGAGUCCAGCCCACUUGGAGGUUCUACUCGAGUGAUGCUAUAGGGAAGAUACAGUCUACUCAUUACCACCUGGUGUACACAUGCAAGGUGUGCUCCACCAGAUCCACACAGAAGAUCUCCAAGCAAGCUUAUCACAAUGGUGUGGUGAUCGUGACGUGUCCGGAAUGCAAAAAUCACCAUGUGAUUGCUGAUAAUUUGGGCUGGUUUUCAGAUCUGGAAGGGAAAAGGAACAUCGAGGAGAUCCUGGCUGCCAAAGGAGAGACGGUAAAGAGGCUGCAAGGAAGUGAAGCUCUUCAAGCAAUCCCGACUGAGUCUGGCAAGGAGAAACCACAGCUUGAGCCUCAUCGGGAAAAGACGAAUGAGGAGGACUCUGAUAAAGACGCAUGAAUGUAUGCAUCAUCACGUGGGAUGUUUUCAGUCAUGCACGAACUAGGGCGGCUUUUAAAAUAAGCUGUUUUUAUAUUGGCCACAAAGUAACUUUGGCUUUUUACCACUUAUAUUCUUGGGUGAAAGUUUUCUGUUUUCUAUCACGAGGCCCUACAUUGCUGCUCUGAACAUUUUGAUACUCUCCAGAAGUGUUGUUAAUUUUACUUUUUUUUUUUUUUUUUAAACUUUUCCUGUUCAGCUAUUUGACACAGAGAAUGGAAGUCUAAGUGCCCGGGUUGUCUGAACAGUUUUAAUGUUUCACAUUGAGAGUCUGAUAUCAUUCAAAAUACCUAUUUAUUAUGACAAACCAGUGAACAGGAAGGGAUUAUGGGGGACAGAAGAAAAGCAACACAAGAGAAGAAAGAAGAGAAACACAUACACAAACAACAACAAGAAAUGCAUAGAACAUCUAGACUGAUUAUUAAUAUACUGGUGCCAUCGUCAGCGAGAUGUAUUUCCGGUUUACACCAUGUGGGGGCCUAUUGGCCAGUGAAAGAGGGGGACGGGGGUGGGGGUGUCUAUAAGCGAAGUGAUUGAAAGAGGUAGAGUGUAACUAAUUACUCUUACAUUCAGGUAACUGAGUUAGUAACGCAAUUACUUUUUCGGAGAAGUAAUUUGUAACUAAUUGAUUAACAACACUGAUGGGUAGUUUGUUAAAUCAGAAAACACAGAUGCUAAAACCAACAUUUGUAUGAUAACGCAGUAUGAUUUUCCUUGGCGAUCCGGCAAACCAAAGGGGAAGGGAUGUUGUGCACAUUCUGCUUGCAUCACCAGUACGUACGGAGAGCAGUUCGACUGAGCCCCCUCCUGGCUUGUCAUAGUAACUACUACACAGGCAACAAGUGUCCAAACUUAAAAUGUACCUAGUUUCUUCAAAUGUGUAUUUUUACAUAGAUAUUAUUAUCACACUGAUUCAUGUCCAAGAGCCAAGUGCCGUCAUUGAGUAAGUUUUAGUAAUCAUUUUACAACGUAAACGCACUCUGAGCUUUCAUUUUUUAACUUCCAGAUAUUUGAAUUUGCAUGUUAGGUAAGUAUGUAGUUUCACCCAAAUGAAGAUUUACAUAUCGAUAUGAUAAAUGAUUUAGAUGUUUAUGAAUAUACAGUGCUGGCCAAAAGUAUUGGCACUCCAGCAAUUCUGUCAGAUAAUGCUCAAUUUCUUCCAGAAAAUGAUUGUAAUAACAAAUGCUUUGGUAGUAAUAUCUUCAUUGAUUUUGCUUGCAAUGAAAAAACAAAAGAGAAUGGGAAUUUAAAAAAAUUUUUUUUACAGAAAACUCCAAAAAAUGGAUUGGACAAAAGUAUUGGCACCCUUUGAAAAAUCAUGUGAUGCUUCUAUAAUGUGUGUAAUUAACAGUAUCUGUUACUUACCUGUGGCACAUAGCAAGUGGUGGCAAUAACUGAAUCACACUUGCAGCCAGUUAAAAUGAUUAAAGUUGACUCAACCUCUGUCCUGUGUCCUUGUGUGUACCACAUUGAGCAUGGAGAAAAUAAAGAAGACCAAAGAACUGUCUGAGGACUUGAGAAGCAAAAUUUAUCAGGAAGCAUCAGGGGCAAUCUCAAGGCUACAUGUCCAUCUUCAAAGACCUGAAUGUUUCUCUGUCUUAUGUGCGCAGUGUCAUCAAUAAGUGUUAAGUCCAUGGCACUGUGGCUAACCUCCCUAGAUGUAAACGGAAAAGAAAAAUUGAUGACAGAUUUCAACGAAAGAUUGUGCGGAUGGUGGAUGAAGCACCCCGACUAACAUCUGAAGGAAGCAAACAAGAUCAAGCUGUCCUGUAGUCCGAAGGUACAACAGUGUCAACCCAUACUAUCCAUCUGCAUCUGAAUGAAAAGGGUGUCUAUGGUAGGAUUCCCAGGGAGACACCAUUUCUGAACCAGAGAUGUAAAAAAGCUAGGCUGGAGUUUGCCAAACUUGCAUGAGAAAGCCAAAAAACGAUGAUGAGACAAAAGAGGGAAAAGGCAUCAACAUAGAGUUUACAGGGAAAAAACGAGGCCUUCAAA